AUGAACAGCACAGGCCACCUAACAAAUGACCUCCUCAAUCAGAAAUAUAAGACUGUUCACUUUUAUAGAUGGCGCUGCGUAGUUAUCCGCGAUUUAAUCGGAACUUUUUCACAGUUUGUGUUUAAUUUGUUUCGGAAGAUGACGCAGGAUCAAGGUCAGUUAUCAAAAAAUACAUCUGAUAACAACAAAGAUGACAAGCAAAAUACCAAAUGGGAGCGGAAAGACAAAGACAUGCAACCCACAAAGGCAAGCCGGGUUGUGAUACGAAGACUCCCACCAACAAUGACUGGAGAGGAAUUCCUUGAACAAAUCUCUCCUUUACCAGAAAAUGACUACAUAUAUUUUGUUAAAGGUGACUUAAGUCUUUGCCACUAUGCAUUCUCCCGAGGAUACAUCAACUUUGUCCAUGCAGAUGAUGUCAUCGUAUUUAAAGAGAAGUUUGAUAACUACAUAUUCGUUGACUCAAAGGGAAAUGAGUAUCCGGCAGUUGUGGAGUUUGCUCUAUUUCAAAAAAUUCCAAAGAAUAAAGUUAAGAAGAAAGACACAAAGAUUGGAACAAUUGAAGAUGAUGCUGAUUAUAAGAAAUUUCUGGAUGAACUGCUGAACCCACCAGAAGUGACAGUACGGACGGUAGAGCAGUACCUAGAAGAGAUGGAGAAACGGGAUAAAAGCAGAGAUGGAUGCAGGGUCACAACACCAUUGAUUGAGUACAUAAAGCAGAAGAAAUUGGAAAAGCAGAAAGUCCGAGAGGAGAGAAGGGAAGAGCGUCGCAGACGAGAGAUAGAGCGACGCAGACAGCGUGAGGAAGAACGCAGACGUAAGCGCAUAGAGAAGGAGCGUGAACGUCAGCGGGAGAAAGAAAAGGAGAAGAGGAAAGAACGUGUUAAGGAGAAGGCAGCAGAUGAAGAGCAAACUAAAGACAGAGAGCAGCAAGUACAAGUAAAGCUGCUACGGAAUACUACACGAGGAGAUUAUCCGGAGAGGGACACUGCCAAGGAUAGAGGAAGUGACAAGAAGGUGCGACCAAGACCCAGUGAUGAUGACAGACGGGCGAGGAAAGACAGCAAUGCUAGUAGGGAUGGUCGAAGCGACAGCGAGUCUAAAAUUGGCAAGGACCGAUAUUCCGAGAGAAAGGAAACUUCUUCUAGGAUGAGAGAUCGCAAUGAGGAUCGUAGUAAAUACAAGCGUGAGGAUAGAUUCAGUGAGAGAAUGCGAGACAGGGAUAACCCCAGGGACAGAAACCAGGAUCGGGAUAGAGACAGGGACAGAGACAGGGACAGCUACAGCUACAGAAACAAAGACAAGGAUAGGACCAGAAUGACAGGGCGCGAUGACUCCACCAAGGACCGAGAGAAAUACAAAGAUAGGACAAAAGACAGAAAUCUAGCCAAAGAUAAGCCAAGAGAGAGCGAAAAAGCUAGAAGCGAAAGUGAAAAUACUAGAGACCGUGACAGAGAUGGAAGGGACCCGGAUGAGAAAAGAAGCACUGCAGCAAAGGUUGGAAGCUCUAGAAUGCAUUCCCCUCCCAGCAAACAUUACUCGGAAGAUUCUGUCAUUGAUGCCAAUACAAAAGGCGAGAAAGCAAGAAGUAAGACAGGAGACAAUCGUACGAGUGAUUCGUCAGUGGGUAGCAAACAGACAGCGGAUGACACGAAGGUCAGUGAUCGGCGACUGAAAUCUGCAGCGAAGACAACGGAUGCAGCUGAUACAACACAAAGGGAUGGUGGCUCGGGCGAAACACAAUCCACGGAUAGACCUAAGAGGGCGGCGGAAGUCAGCGAACGCGACAAACGAAGAAUCAGAAACAAGGACAGGCCUGAUAUGCCACGCUACACCCCGGGACAAAGGUCAAGGGUAGCGGGCACGGCGGAGGCAAGUGCCAACAGCAGUCGCAGUAGCAGCAGAAGCAACGAGGAGGAGCCAGCCACAAAGUAGCUGAACAAGACUUGCCAAAAUGUUCCAACGCAGUUUGAGGAAGGGAUUAGAAUGUGUAGAAUGCGACUAUGUAUUCUAUGUUACUCUUCUCGCAAUGAAAUAACAGUUUACUGAUCAGAUAAGUCAUGGUGCUAUUUAUUUCAUGCUAUUCCCUCGUCAAUCUUGGAUUACAGAUGGCUUGUGUAAUCAAAUAUUAAUAUUCUUUGGAGUAUACCUCGUUCUUUGUACAAUUCAGGCAGGAAGCAGGUUUACUUCUUGUGUUAAAGCUAUAUAGGCACAUACAGGUGGAAC